AUGGCGGCGAGCGCAGCCUCUGAGGUGUCGGAAAGUCCAGUCCUGAGCCUGUUGAACAAGCGCAUCCGAAACCUACGCCAAAAGUUCAAUUGCAUCAGCCGGAUGGAGGAGGCCAUCGCGCAGGGAAAGCUCAUCAACGAGCAGGAGGAGGUCCUCCGCUCCAAGCCCGCCGUCACCGUGCUCAUUGACGAGCUCGAGAAGCUCCGCCAGCCCCUCUCCCAGGUCGUCUCUGAGGAGCUCUCCCUCGCCGCCCAAAAACACCAGCUCUCCUCCGACUCCGCCCCUGCUAACAAUCAUCCCCAAACCCCCGAAGACAACAACCAUGACGAGCGCAACAACGACCGACCCGACCUAGGCGCUGCGGAGGAUCUCCUCAAUCUGCUUUACUUUGGCUCGCUCUUCGACAUCAAGCCGCAGAGCGAUUUCACGGCGACCAUGCUGGCGAGGACACACGAGCGCGGGUGCUGCCGAACCUACGAUUGCGUCACCGACUACGCCACCACCGAUCUACUCGGAGAGCGGGACUUGGACUUGAUUUUGACGCUCGGCGGGUUGUUGAUUUUGCUACCGGUGGAUUCAAGCUUGUCGCACAAGAACGCCUUGCAGCGCUGCAUUGAGCACGCUGAACUUUGGCUCGCCAACGCCGACCGGCCCAUUGAGCCCAAUUCCAACGUUACCUGUAAAUAUUCCAACGUUACUUGUCUUCAUGAAGGAGAAGACAGGGAGGAAAGAAAGUUGAGGGAGAUGGAGGGUAAUCGAGAGCGGCGGAAAACAAAAAGAAAGAAACUAAAGGCUAAUACGAUAAUUCUACAUCAGGUUCACCCAGCUCAUUUUAUUAAAGGCACAUAUACUGACACUCUACAGUGUCUAGGCAACCCUCACCACCUUUGCCAAACACCACCUUAA